AUGGGAGGAGAAGGUGGAAUCGGAGGAGGAGGAGCAGAGGAACAGUACGUGACAGCCAAGACGUCAGUUUGGUGGGACAUUGAGAACUGUAAUGUACCCAGAGGCUGUGACCCUCAUGCCAUAGCACAAAACAUAAGCUCAGCUCUUUCCAAGAUGGACUAUCGUGGUCCUGUCUCUAUUUCUGCUUAUGGUGACACUCAGGGUAUCAAUUCUGCUGCUCAACAGGCUCUUUCUAGUACUGGGAUUGCUCUCCAUCAUGUCCCUGCAGGUGUUAAAGAUGCAAGCGACAAGAAGAUUCUUGUUGAUAUGCUGUUCUGGGCAGUGGACAAUCCGCCGCCGGCUAAUUAUUUGUUAAUUUCUGGUGAUCGAGACUUCUCUAAUGCUCUUCAUCAGUUGAGAAUGAGGAGAUAUAACAUUCUUCUAGCACAGCCCCAGAGAGCAUCCGCACCCCUCGUGGCUGCUGCAAAGAGUGUAUGGCUUUGGGCGAGUCUUUUGGCUGGAGGACGGCCACUCACUGAAGUUGAAUCACAACAACUAGAAAGGGGUGGCGAUAGUAAAGCACAGAUUCCAGUGUCUGAUGCCAUAAAGCAACCAGUAGAUGUAGCAAAUCAGAAGUCUCCUUCCACAGCAAGGAGUGGCGAUAGUAAACAGAAAGGAAAAAACAUCCAAAGAAGCCCGAGCCAAACAAAUGUGUUAGAAAAAACAAGCACGCCUCUUCUCCCCAGUCCCCCUCCUGCAAUGAAUGUGAGGCCCUACGGAACUAGCUUUAGUUCUGCACCAUAUAUAAUUGUGCCUCCUUGGGGUAAUUUGAACAAUUCUGGACGCCCCUUCAAGUCUAGCCCUCAGCGACAAAAUCCAGAGCUAAAACAUGAUCCCAAGAAGAAACCGGACAUUCAAAACAGGAAGAAAUCAUACGGUGAAAACUCAAAAGGAUCUUGUGCAGGUAAAGGACCAGAACCAAGUCAAAACAAGAAGAAACCAAGAAGUCGAAACAAGAAGAAAUCAGAUGGUGAGAACUCGAAAGGAUCUUGUGCAGGAAAAGGACCAGAACUAAGUCAAAACUUGAAGAAACCAGACAGUCAAAACAAGAAGAAAGCAGAGAGUCAAAACUCAAAAGGGUCUUCUGCAAGUAGAGGACCAGAGGUAAAACAUGAUACCAAGAAACCAGACAGUGAAACCAAGAAGAAAGCAGAGAGUCAAAACUCAAAAGGGUCUUCUGCAAGUAGAGGACCAGAGGUAAAACAUGAUACCAAGAAACCAGACAGUGAAAACAAGAAGAAACAAGUAGAGGAGAAGAAACCAGACAGUGAAAACAAGAAAGUGGCUCGUGCAAAAAAAGGUGUUUCUGUGAAAAAAUCAGUCGCUCCAAGAUCAAUAAAGCAUGUUAGCGUUACAAAACAGGACAAAGGAAAGAAAAACCCGCCUGCGAAGAGAGGGAAAGUAAAACAGAAAUGA